UCACAACGGAAAAGGCAUUCUGUUUUAUACAAGUGAUUGAUUGAUAUGCAAAGCAUAUACAUAGUCUUUAAUAAUGUUAUUAUUACUACUACUAUUACUGCUACUAUUAAUUAUUAUUAUAACUGGAAAGUAUUUUACUUAAUGACAAAAAACUUCCUUUGAAUGACAACGGACACCUUACAACUGGACAUGCGUCUAGCUGCUGGCGUCCCCAUACCAUCACAUGAGUAGGGCUAAUUUUAGCAAGGGACAAGAAACAACGUACAAGUUGUUGUUUAAACCAAGAGGCCUAAGGAAACCUGAUGUUGCACAGGAAUCAUCUAUAUAAAACAAGAGCCAACCAGCCCUAGCCAAGAAAAUGGGCAAAAUCGUUGUAAAAGUGGAAGAGUCUUUGUUUGAGACAGACAAGGCCCUGCUGGUAAUGCACAGUGAAUAUUUCCGGGGCCUUUUCCAAUCGGGAAUGCGAGAGAGCACUCAGGAUGAGCUCCACCUUCAGAGUUUGAGUGCCAAGGGAUUCCUGAUCAUGCUCAGUGUUCUGGCAGGAGAACAACCUCUGCUGAAUUGUGAGGAAAUCCUGCAAGCUGUGGAAUGUGCAGCUUUCCUACAGGUACAGAUUCUGGCCAAACACCUGGUCAAUUUAAUCAACACAGACAAUUGCCUGUUUAUGUACCAGGCUGCCGAGACCUAUGGGCUCUUGGAUCUGUUUCACUCUGCGGCGUUGUAUAUUAGAGAUAGUUAUGCUCUGUUGGAAGAGGAAAUACAGUUACUUCCCACUGAUCUCCUGCAGUAUGUGGAGUCCCUCUUGCCGAGUACAUUUGUGGCUGUGGGGGCUCACACUCCUGCCUCCAGCUUUCUUGAGGAUGCUUCCCGUAAAAUCUGCUUUUUGGAUGAGCAGAAUAACCAGUGGGAAAGCUUUGGCUGUAUCCCAGACAAUGCAAGUACCUUCCUAGCUGGCAUUGCCACCCUUGACAAUAAGGUUUAUAUUGUAGGGGGUGCACGUGGUGCAAAUAAGCAAGUGGUGGAAAGGAGCUUUUGCUAUGAUGCAGCCAACCAUAGUUGGAGUGAAUUUUCCAGUCCACAUCAGCUUCGAUAUGAAGUGACAUUGGUAGGACACGAGGAACAUUUAUAUGCCAUUGGAGGGGAAUAUGAGAAUGUUCCAGUUGUUUCUGUUGAGAAAUACAGUCUAUGUUCACAGACCUGGAGCUUUCUCAGUGAGCUUCCUCAGCCGACAGCAGGUCCACCAGCUUCAAAGGCCAUGGGAAAAAUCUUCAUCUGUCUCUGGAAACCACCAGACACCACCAUUAUCUAUGAAUAUGACAUCCAGAAAGAUGAGUGGAUUUAUGUAUCAUCCAUAACAAGGCAACAGAGUUAUGGACACUGCAUGAUUGGGCACAGAGACAAUCUGUAUGUCAUGAGGAACGGUCCCUCUGAUGACUUCCUGCGCUGCACCAUUGAGAGCUUUAACCUCACCACCAAGCAAUGGACAACUCUGUCUGGACAGUAUGUCAACAGUAAGGGUGCUCUUUUUACGGCUGUAAUCAGGGGAGAUACCGUUUUUACCCUGAACAGGGCACUUACCUUGCUCUACAGUGUGGAUAGUCACAACUGGAAACCCAAAAAGGAGAGGGCUGGGUUUAACAGAGGAGGUUCACUACACACAUUCUUCCUGAGGAUUCCUGAAGAAACAAAGAUUAUGGCAAAACAAAAUCGAAUGAAUGCAUUAAAAAGACAUUUUAAUGUAAGAAAAUGCUCCAGCUGAAGUUUGCUUUGUAAAAUGGAAUAUAUGUGCUAGCAUGGUUUUAUGGUAUAUCCCUGUACAGAGUCACAACUACUUAUCCAGACAGACAGAUAAUACUCUUAAUUUCAAACUUCCUGGUUCUUCAGAGCACUUGUAGCAGAAAAAGAUGGGAGUUCAUCAAAAUAGCCAUCUGUUAAACCCAGUGUAUAAUGAACUCCUCUUUAUUUGUUAAUCCAAGACACAGGCUGGAGGUGUGGGAAGGAAGUGGCUUGUUUAUACAGAGCUCUUUUUUUAUUUCCAAGGAGAGUGUAUUUACUGUUAGUCUGGGUGUCUGUGCCUCCUAGAUUCAUAAACACCAUUCUUUACAGCACAGACUUAAGCUAUAACUAUCAAAACUAAUUUUGUCACAGAUGUAAUGGUUCUAUCGAAAGUACUGCAUAGUAGCUUCAACAACACAGGGCUGUAUUUAGGUCUGGUGCUGCCCUGGGAAUUGGACCUCAGCCUGUCUCCUUCCCAUGGUGAUAUGUGUAUGUGCAGCCAGUCCUGUUGUAUUGCACAUUUGCUAAUCACUGAAGAACCAGGUACCCCCCCUCAGCUACGCCACUUGAUUCAGCCAAAAGUAUCUAGUGGCGGAUAAUGGGCAUUGUUUUUUUUCCUUUACCUUUUUUAUUUACCAUAUAGACAUUCUAUAUGGCCCUGCAACCACAUGGUUGUUUGUAAGUUGGUUGGGGGGGGGCUAUCUUAAACUGCCUGACUAUAACAGAAAGACAGACAAAGCAGAGUUUAGCUCAUGCUUCAUCCCUAGUAAAUUUUCUUGACAAAAGAGCAUUAAAUGAUAUCAAAAAAAUAUAGUAUUUUUAUUAAUAAAGAGCUAAUUGUGUAACUGUACAGCAGAACAAUAUAAUAAUAGAACAAGUGGGUGCGUUAUAGAGGCAGGAGGAAGGAGAUCCCAUUGAGCUUACAAUCUAAGGUUUCAGCUGUCACUGGGAAAUUCUAACUUUUGAUGUAAAAUGAUUUAUAAAGUUGUAUGAUACAUUGUAAAAAUGAUUGCAAAAAUGACCAUAAUGACUGUAUUACAUAAAGUAGGGCUCUUUUAUUACCAUUAAAUGAAUGUAUAAACAUCUUUCAUAGUCAUUUUGAAUGAUUUUUAAUGCAGAUUUUUCUUGCAGUUAAAUCAAGCCUACUAUAGGAAAUAAUGGUUAAUGGAGAACUAAAACUUAACCGAAGAUGUACGAUAGAA